CCCGCGGCCUGGCCGUGCUCCGCGGGGUGGCGCCGGGCCCCAAGAUGGCGGCCGCGGGCCCGGGCCCUCUUGGGCGUCCCUCCGGGCGUCCCGCCGGGCUCCGGAGCGCUCCGCCGGGCCCGUCCUGCCCGGGGAGAAGCGGGCGGUGUCGGCCCCGCGGCCAUCCCCGGGGAGCGUGAGGCGCGGCCCCGCGGCCGGGAUGUGCGAGGCGACCGCAGGUAGUUGGCACGUUGGAGAUAAAUGCCUUGCACCUGGUACUGAAAAUGGGAAGCUUUGUGAAGGAACAAUAUCAUCUAUUGAAAAGGACAAGAAUGGAAAAUCAUUUGCUACUGUAUCAUUCCUGGAGUCUGAAGAAAAGAAAAUACUAGUAUCUAAACUCUGUAGAGUUGAAGCUGGUAGAGGUCCUUGGAAAAGCGUAAUAUUUGAUGAUGGUGAUCUGGAAAAGCCUUUUUUUCCUGACCGAAAUCUUCUGUCUUCAGCAGUGGCUUUUAAGUUAUCUGACAAUGGUGACUUUAUCCCAUAUACAAUUAAUAGAUACCUACGUGAUUAUCAAAGGGAAGGAGCCCAGUUUCUGUAUGGACACUAUGCUAAUAAAAGGGGAUGUAUUCUUGGAGAUGAUAUGGGCCUUGGAAAGACAAUACAGGUCAUUUCGUUUCUGGCUGCAGUGUUGCACAAGAAGGGAACACGUGAAGAUAUUGAAAAUAAUAUGCCAGAAUUUUUACGGAGGACAAUGAAAAAAGAAUCCAAGUAUAGUCCUAAGAAGCCUUUCCUCAUAGUGGCCCCUCUUUCAGUGCUGUACAACUGGAAGGAUGAGUUAGACACGUGGGGGUACUUCAAAGUCUCCAUCUUACAUGGCAGUAAAAAGGAUGAUGACUUGAGCCGCAUCAAGCAGGGGAAAUGUGAAGUUGCCCUUACAACAUACGAGACACUUCGCUUGUAUUUAGAUGAACUUAACGGUGUAGAGUGGUCUGCUGUCAUAGUGGAUGAAGCGCAUAGAAUCAAGAAUCCAAAAGCUCAAAUAACUCAAACCAUGAAGUCCUUAAAAUGCAGUGUUCGCAUAGGCCUUACUGGAACCAUUCUUCAAAACAAUAUGAAGGAACUUUGGUGUGUUAUGGACUGGGCUGUACCAGGACUUUUGGGUAAUAGAAUGCAUUUCAAGAAGAAAUUUUCUGAUCCAGUGGAGCAUGGUCAGAGGCACACUGCAACUAAAAGAGAGCUAGCAACAGGUCGUAAGGCCAUGGCGAAGCUAGCAAGAAAAAUGUCUGGCUGGUUUCUGAGACGUACUAAAGCGCUUAUCAGUGAUCAAUUGCCAAAAAAGGAAGACAGAAUGGUGUACUGUUCCCUGACAGAAUUCCAGAAAGCAAUAUACCAGGCUGUGCUGGAGACAGAGGAUGUAAGCUUAGUAUUAAGAGCAGGAGAGCCAUGUAGCUGCAACAGCGGCCGUAAAAGGAAGCACUGUUGUUACAAAGCCAAUGCUUAUGGUGAAACAAUUAAGUCACUGCGCUUCAGCUACCUGACAAUCCUACAGAAAGUUGCAAAUCAUGCUGCACUGCUGCAGACAGACAACACUAGCAAGCAGCAGGAAGCACAUAUCAAACGGGUGUGCAGCGAGGUCUUUUCCAGUUUUCCAGAUUUCGUGCGGUUAAGCAAAGAUGCAGCCUUUGAAACAAUUUCUGAUCCAAAGUACAGUGGAAAAAUGAAGGUUCUUCAGCAGCUUUUAAAUCACUUUAGAAAAAACAAGGACAAAGUUCUUCUUUUCUCCUUUUCCACAAAGUUGCUAGAUGUGCUGGAGCAGUACUGUAUGGCGUCUGGGCUAGAUUACCGAAGACUUGAUGGAAAUACAAAAUCAGAAGAUAGGAUGAGAAUUGUAAGAGAGUUCAACAAAAUUCAAGAAAUUAACAUAUGCCUUGUAUCUACAAUGGCUGGUGGACUGGGUCUUAAUUUUGUGGGUGCAAAUGUUGUUAUACUGUUUGAUCCGACGUGGAACCCAGCAAAUGAUCUUCAGGCUAUUGACAGAGCUUACAGGAUUGGUCAAUGCAAGGAUGUUAAAGUGUUUAGACUGAUAUCCUUGGGAACUGUGGAGGAGAUGAUGUACUUACGUCAAGUUUAUAAGCAGCAACUACACUGCGCAGUGGUUGGAAGUGAAAAUGCCAAGCGGUAUUUUGAGGCAGUGCAAGGAUCAAAGGAACAUCAGGGAGAGCUUUUCGGGAUCCAUAACCUUUUCAAACUUAGGACUCAUGGGUCUUGUCUUACUAAAGAAAUCCUGGAGAGGGAAGGGCGAGUAGAAGCGGGAGUUAUGACAGCAACUACUUGGCUAAAGGAAGAGUCUCCUCCACACAGCUCAGAAAAGUAUGGACAACCAGACUUUGAAGGACAUGGAGAUCCCCCAAGCUCUAAGGCACAGUUAGAGAGAGAAGAAAUAGAUUUUCAUGAUGAUUUUAGUGAUGAUGAUAUGCUGGAAAUUUCCAUGAAAAGAAGUGACAGAAAGAAGCCUUGCAGCAUAAAUAAUUCAACGGUAACAAAGGGACAGCUUUCCUUAAUGCAGUGUGGUUUUUCUAAAUUGUUGCAGAGAGAAAUUGAAACUACCAAAAAAAAUGAUGAUAAUGACAAUUCUUAUCAUUCGAGUUCUGAUGGUCAGACUACAAGAACAAACGUAAAUAGCAAAGGUACUGGUGUUCAGAAACGUCAAAGCCAUGCACAUGUUUUAGAGCAUAGCAAAGCUGCUCAGUCACCAAAUGGAACUGACAAACAAGAAAUGUGUAGUGCAGAUUGGCUUGUUUUAUCAAACUCUGAGGAGGAAGAGGACAGAGAAGAUGAGGAUCAGUGCAUUUCAAAGCAAAAUGAUGUAGUCAUGGAAACUGAAAGCAGUUCUGAAGAGAAUGAUAAUAUCAUCUUUCCAACCCAAGUUCCAGCAUGCCACCAAGCAGUGCUUACUAAAAGAGCUGAAAUAUGUAGCUCAACAUCUGAACAUCCUGUAGAGUCAGCAAAAGAAAAAGAUAGGUUUGUAUUUAAGAGAGAUGGUAGGCAACUUGGAUUCUGUAGUACUGAGUCAAAUUUCAGCAAAAUCAGGUCUUCUGAAGAUGUUAAGAACAGUGCAAGAGAUUUGAAAGGUGCAAGUGACGUGAGUGAUGAGUCUGAUGAUAUUGAAAUUCCCUGUAAUUCUGAAUCGGGAAAAUUGAGAACUUUCAGCUUUCCAAGACGGAAACAAAGGCACGCCCAUAGCAAUGAACUACGUAACUUCUCCAAAUCUCAGCUGCAAGUGAAGCCCAGUAGAAAAGAAAAGGAAAGUGAAUCUCAGAAUAUAGAUGAAUUUUCAUCCUCUGAAGAUAACUUACCGGUUCAGAAGAUUCAUGCCAGAAAGCAAAGCUAUAAGUGUAAAAGCCAGAGGCGGACAGUUCGGUUUGGGUCCAAAAUCCUCCAUCCUAUUCAAGAUACAAUGUGCUCUGUUGUAGAAAAGAAGUCCAGCAAUUAUGCUGGGCAUAAAACUUAUGCACAUAAAGCAGAAUUUGACCAUCAGGAUCACAAAGUGGAAUCAAUGGACAAAUAUUUAGAUGGUGUUCAGGAAGUGGCUUAUAUACAUUCGAAUCAGAAUGUGGUUGGAUCCAGCAAGGCUGAGAAUCACUUGAGCCGGUGGGCAGUGCGAGAUGUAUUUGAGUUGAAGCAAUUUUCCCAGCUCCCUGCUAAUGUAGCAGUCUGUAGUGCCAAGAAAUGACUCUUUGGGAAAGGAGUGCAAGAACACUGAAAACUAACAGAGAAUUCCAUUGAAGUGGAUGUGUUUUCUGUUUGGAAAUACUGUUUUUUCCUGCAGAUCUUAAAGACUAACUGAAGCAUUUUUCUUUCUACUUAUGUACGAAUCUAGAACAACAGGAGUAGAAAGCAACAACAUAAUAAGCAUUAAGUAAUAAGCAAAAAUAAUAAGUAGUAAGCAACUAAGACAGCCUCAUGAGAAUAUUGAUAUUUUGUUGAAUUCAUCUUGUUUCCUAUCCACAGUGGAUAAUCUAGGUUUAUUAGUCCUUUAUUGCUGAAGCAUGAAGACUAAUGUAGGCACUUAAGUUGCCUACAAGCAUCCAUGAGGAUGCUUUCUUCAAAGUGUGAAAAGUUCCAUGGGAAGAAGGUCCUUGGGAGUCAAGGUAGAAGGGUUGGGGGACAGGAAGUUUUCGUUUGUCAAAGAAAGCUUUGCAGAAAUUUAGGAAAUCUUACUUAAGAACAUGAGUAACUAAUGAAUAAAUAAGCUUGGAUUUGAAUUGAUUAUAAAAAGUGUAAGAUUUGAACUUAAGGAUAGGAAAAGGUGUCUUGAUGAUAGUUUCUUUCCUUAAUUUGACUUCAGAAAGUCUGUGAGAUCUGGGCAGUGGGUACUAAUGUAUGUUUUUUGAAGUGUAGGUUUCAAUUGAGCAUGUUUUCUAUCCAGUAAUGAAUAGUCAGUCUGUCCUUAAUGUUACUUGUGCUAUGAUUCAUGUAUCAUCUGCCUUUUGUCUGAUUAAUAAACAUAGUAUGUUAACCUGCUAUUGUUCCGUACCUCUAAAGGCAUAGGGAAACAAAAUCUUGGUUCUUUUUCACAAGAAACAGCUCUUGCCACUAUUUAUUAUCUUCUUGUUUGCUUUGUGCUCCAGGUUCUAGAACUGUGCUGAUACACACCUUUAAGUCUGUUGCAGAGCUUUUGACUCUUCUUUCUGCAGAGGUAUUAGGGAGCACAGUCGUACUCUCAAUUCUUGUUUGUUUUCAAAUGAAUUGUACAAACUGACUAGUUUAGCUAGGAGUCCACUCUUACAAUACGGUAUUCUUGUUUAGUGUGGAUGUCCACAGAUCCUAUGUGAUGGCUGAAAAUUCAGUUGGGUUGGGUAACAGCAAUCAGAAUAUGAAGUGUGCCAUCAUGAAAUAAGAGUAAAACAUGUGAGAGCUGUCUCUCAUUCUCGGCUGUGAAAAAUUAGACAAAAUCUAAAACUAGUAAAAGUAACAAGAUGAAAUAUGCAUUAAGUAGACAAACGAGAGAGUAAACCACAUCUUGGAUGAAUAUUACUAGCCAAACUGAGUACCGUCCAGUAUUUGAAUUAAGGAAAGAUAACUAUUUGAAGAUAGUUUGUAUAUGACAACGGAAGAAGCAAGCAAAUGUGGCAGUCUUUAUCACAUGCUCUUGAAGAAACUAAAAAAUACUGUAUUUUGGGGAAUAUCUACCCUUUGUCUGAUGAGGUCAUCAGAAUGCAUAAAAAUGGAAGAAGAUUCUGUAGCUGUAGGUAAGAUGAAGAAGUGGUUUUCAGUGAAGAGAGAAGCUGUUGUCAUCUGAUGGAAGGAGCUAUCAUAAAUAGACAUCUGUAGCAGUGUAUAUCUGCUUUAACUUUAGUUUUCAAAUAUAAUAAGGUACUUAAAAAAUUAGAAAUUUUAAUUUAUUUACUUUAGAUAGACACAGUAUUUAUACAUUUAGAUAUCCCUUAAAGGCAGAAAACUAGAAUUAUGGUAACAAUAUUUUAGCCUCCUAACAACAGUUUCUGAAUCAUACACAUUACCUAGUGUCUGAAAAUUGUCCAAAUUCUGCCCAUUGACCACAACUGGCAAUGUAAGAUCAAUGUAGAUUUGGAGAAGAGAGGACAGAAGAGCAGAACAUACUGUUAUAUGAUAAUCUCUCCCAAAGAGCUGGUGUUUCUGAUAGUGCUCUUUAUGUGAAAGGCACUGAAGUGUCAAUAAUAAGAGGUGUUUCUUGUUCCAUGCAGAGAUGUGGCAAACAACUGUUCUGAACAAAUUUCGGAGAUACAGGUUAUAUCUCAAGUAAUUUCCACUAAGUCCAUCCUCUGCAAGUUCUGGGAUAUGCAAUGUAUUUUUAGAACUAAGUGUUUCAGAGACCAGUCAAGUGUGUCUCUCAGAUUGCAGUUUGCAGUCUUUCAUAGCAAGUCAUAAAUAGCAAGACAUAAAUUAUGUCAUAGCAAGACAGAAAUUAUGGUCAGCUGUCUGAUACCAUGAUGCAGAGAGUAUCACACCAGACUUCAGUGUUCUAAACUCCCGAGUGGAAAAUGCAUGUCAUUUAGUGUGACAUAUCUACCACAGUAAAAAUUACUGAGAACUGUUCUUUGCAGCCUCCUUACUCAUACAAACACAGAAGAGACUUCAUCUGCUGUUUCACAGUAGAUUAUUUCUAAGAAGGGUUUUCUGGUCUUUCGUAUAGAAGUAUGAAGGAAAAAGAUUGUUUUAAAAAAAAGAUACUAGAGUAAUGAUCUUCUUUUGCCUGCAUUUUCUUUGUUGUUUUUAGGCUGCUCUAAUGCCUUUGAGUCAUCUUUGUUCUGCAUUUUAUUUUCAAUUCAAAUCUUCUGUUUAUACAUCUGUGCAAAUAGACUUGGUUAGAAAUUCUCUUUUCAUCAAACGAGUGAAAAAUUGUGUCUAUUGCUUCAUCACUAUUAAAAAAAAUAGUUCUUUAUUUGUUUUUUCAGCUAUCUUGUGUAACUGCAGAAAAAAAAAGAUAUUGAAAACAAAAACUUCUAAAAUCAAAAACUGUGAAAGAAACCUGUAGACCAGACAUGGUGGCCUUCUAAAGCCAGAGUGUAAUUUUCAGACUAGAUGUACAGUUAUUUCAGCCUUUCAGGAAACAAAGAAAGAAGUCUUGAGAUUCAUUCAUGUGAUACUUUGUUCAAAAUUCUUUUGGCAUUGUGAAUUUUAGGUAAAAAUGGAAGUGUGUUUUAACAUUUUCUCUAAAAUCUUGCUCAUCUCCUAAGUAUUUUAGAGGUUUUUUUCCUGGUGGGUUCCAGGUUCCAAAGCAACCUGCAGUGUAGGAGCUUGUUACUUACUUUGUUUUUUUUUGGGUAACUUGCAGUGUUUUUUGUGAAGCUUUUUCUUAGGUACAGUAAGGAGUCAAGAUUAAAUAUCUUCUAAUGUUUCUAGUCUAUUCUGAAUUAAAUGACUGCAUUCCUUAAUUAAUUCCCUAAUUAAUUGGCAAAAACAACCCGUGUGAAAUAUUUUAUGCAAGUACAGAAGUCUGAAGUAGGCUUUCUUUACUUCUUGUAAAGCUGAACUUGUGAAGUAUUUCUUCAAUAGGAAUCCUGGGAAUGGGGGGUGAGGAGGGGGAGCUGAAGCAUGGGGAAGACUUUACAGAAGGCAUGGAUGUGUCAUAAAAAAGUCAAAAAUAGGAACAGGGCAUACUAAAUAAAUUGAAAAAAUGAUGUCCCACAUUAGAGCUAACUUGCCCUUUUUAAUAUGUGGAAAAGAAUUAGUCGCAUAGAACUUCUACUGUACCUGUUGAAUAUGUGGAGUCUUUUUUUUUUCAUCCAACUGUAUGUUUUCAACUUAAGUUUACUUAGUUUUACUGAAAAGAAAUGUACAAAGACAGCCAUUCAAUUGAGGAUUAAUCACUAUGGCAACAGAAAUGUGGUGCCUGGAAAGGGGGAGGAUGUAUUCUCCCCUCUGCUUCCUGCCAGCUGUCAUAUUCAACCUCUGUGGCAUGAAUUCAGGCCAAAAUAUAGACUGUGACCAGCUCUAAGAAACUAUAUCUGUAUUUUUAUAAAUUGGUACAAGAAUCACACUAUAAAAGAAGACUUAAUCCUCUGAAUUGGAUGACAGACAUUUGGCAGUCUUGCCAGUGUUGGACAGAGAAAUAACGGGAUGCUUUGUAGUAAAACCUGGAUUAAUGGUAAACCCCUCUUUAUGUUAUUGCAAUGUGGUGUAAAUGAGAGAACUAAGCAUGCUGUCAGCCUGAGAAAAAAACGUGCCCUUUGUAUUUCCAAUGCAGAUUUAAGUGCUGUUGAGAAUACUGUAAAUAAAAAAGUUGUGUUAUUAAGAACUUCUCUUUAUUGUAUUUGUAUUGCAUUGACAUUUUGUAGAUUAUUUAAACAAAGACUUUCUAUCAGUUAUAGUAACUCUGAUUGCAGUGUGUUUGCACAGCUUUCAGGUUGAACAAGUUUAGAUAGUUGUUUACAAUGAGUAGGCUUUUGGGAGAUAACAUUCCAUUAUGCUUGCUCUUCUGGGAUGGGGAAUGCCAUUCAGCUUUAAAGUAAUUGUUCCCAAAUGAUUGGCCUGUAAUGCUGCUUUAUAGAGAUUACUGUUUCAGUUUACAAUGGAAUUAACUAUUUCAGUAUGGUGUAGGUAUUUUUAAAUUUGGUGAGCAUGUAAGUGACAUUCUGCGAUGCAAGUAGUUGCAUUUUCUUUAUGGUGUACAUGGCUGGCUUUCUGUUUUGCUGCUGUUUAAUGGAGGGGUGGGAGUGCAAAAGAAGGUAGAUGAAAAUCCACAGACUUCUGUUGGAAUAAAGUUAACCUUAGCUUUGAAUUUUGAGAUAGGCUGAUUAUCUCCUCUCAUCCAAACAGUAACAAUAAGUAUGUUGAUUUAUGGCAUUGUGUUCGUUGCGAAAAGGUAAUAUGGUUUAUAGGAAUUUUUUAUUUAAAAAAAAAAAUCAACAAAUUAAAAGAAACUGCUCCUAAUGAGAAAAUUUGUUGGUACUGCAUUGGAGAAGAAACAGUGGAACUUGGAAGUAAAUGCAAAACAGAAAGAAAGCAAUCUGUCCUCAUAUGACUUAGUGGGCUAUUUUCCACUGCCAAGCAAAAUACUAGAGUCUGUGUAGUCCCUAGUCUCUGUUUGGAUGAGAAAAAAAAAAAGUGGAGAUGACAAAUGGGAAAAUAACUGUAUAGUGCUCUGAUAAAUUUUCUUUUAUCAGCAAGUGUAGCUCCAUGCUCUGGUAAAUAUAAAAGUGCAAGUCCUGCUCUGUGUGUUGGCUGAAU